AUGAGCAUAGAAGAGCAUGGAACUACCACUCACGGAGAAGAUACCCGCAAAUGUCGAUACCCCUUAGGAAAUGAUACCUCAGACACACUGACGCUUCCCGACGGGCGCAAGCUGGGUUACGCACAGUACGGGUCGCCUUCUGGCCAUGCCAUCUUUUAUCACCACGGACUUCCAGGGUCUCGCAUCGAAGCAGCUUCGUACCAGGAUAUCGCUCUGGAGCUAGGCUUACGGAUAAUCGCGGUCGAUAGACCUGGAAUCGGCUUGAGCACGCCGCAUCCCCAACGAACAUUGUUGGAUUGCCCAAGAGACCUACAAUGUCUCGUCGACCGUCUGCAACUCGAGAGCUACUCUGUUCUGGGUGCAUCUGGAGGAGGCCCCUAUACUCUUGCGUGCGCAGCAGCACUUCCAGCUCCGCAGCUCAAAUGCGUAUCCGUUGUAUGUGGGGUCGGACCAAUGGACAUUGGCAUGAAGGGAGCAGACCUCCAGCACCAAUUUGGCUUCCCGUUCGGAUGGAAGCACGCGCCCGUCUUUCUCAUCAAAUGGUUCUUCAGCCGCGAUGCUUUUGGGCGUAUGGAUCUAAGCGACGAGGAGCGUUUACAGCGUGUGCUAGACCCCUCAAAGCUCGCCUCAAUCAAGGAUCCAAGGGAUCGCGAGAUCAUGGCAGAUGAGGACCUCAUCCGCCUGAUAUUACGAUCAACUCGUGAAGCGAGAGCGCAGGGUUUCGACGGUAUAGCGUUGGAUGGGCGAACGAUAUGUAGUGACUGGGGUUUCCGGGUCGAGGACAUCAGGAAGGAUCUGCCGGUGCAGUUGUGGUAUGGCAAGGAUGACUGUUUCGUACCUGCCCAUCAUGGAAUGCAGAUUGCGGCGAGGCUGGGCGGUGACAAUGGAAAUGUCGUUUUGAGGGUGGAGGAUGAUACGCAUACGACCAUCUCGCAGAGGUGGAAGAGGGCGCAGCUUGAAGCUAUUGCUGCCGUGAUGCAGGGGUGA